AUGGCUUUAUCAGAGUUCAGUUUGCAGUACGUACCCCAAAAAGCCGUCAAAGGCCAAGCUCUCGCCGAUUUUUGGGCCCAACACCCUUCUCCUUAUGGCUUUGGGGGCAACGACGUCAACAUCGGCUUAAUCACAACACGCGACAGCCACUGGACGAUGCAUUUUGAUGGUUCUAGUACCUCAACCUUGGCUGGUGUUGGUAUUGACAUUCAAUCGCCCGACUACUACCGCUGGUAUUUUUCUCUCAAGUUAGAUUUCAGCUGCAUGAAUAAUCAAGUCGAGUAUGAAGCUCUUAUCAUCGGCCUUCACGUCCUACACGAUUUAAAAGCAACCCAUGUUCUUGUCCUUGGUGAUUCUGAACUAGUGAUUAACCAACUCAACGGCGUUUUCUGUUGCAUAAGUUGUACUUUGACGCCCUAUCAGAUGAUCCCUACCUAUUUGGCCGAGUCGUUUGAACGGAUUACAUUUGAGCACAUUUCGCGUAUUCGGAACACUGACGCCGACGAACUCGCCCAAAUUGCCUCCAGAGCAUAA